GUGUACAUUUCCAGUACAAGCAGCGAAAUGAUUUUGUUACCUCGGAUGAUACUUUUUGCGUUAUUGGGUCGAUGCUGUGGAUGCCAUAUUCAACUUGAUAUCCUGCCGAAAACAAUUCGUCUUGAAAGUUCACGCCACGUGACUCUACGAUGUAGCCGGAUACUCGCGAGAACGGAGACGGUCUACUCUAUAAUGCUUAAAAAAGGAGAGGCGACCGUUGUUGUUUUAUUGCCGGAAAGAAUUAAAGAUUUGACGGAAGGAAAGUAUAACAUCACUGGGUCCGUGACAACAAUAUCUUCAUCCGCUGUUUUCCUCCAACUAUUCCUGGAUAAAGUCACGUGUCUUGACAGGGGAAAUUACUCUUGCAUCAUGGCAGUAAACACUUUGGGUAUAGCUACGACUAUGGAACCGGUUUCAUCUCGUUUGGAAAUCAAAGGUGAACCCAGGGGCAUGUUCCUCAUCCUGACACCGGACACGCCGGCCUACACUGACGGGGAAGUGGUUAACAUCACUUGCUAUGUGCUCCUGAACUCACAUCAAGCCUUCUGGUCGUGGUCUGCGCCAAAUGAAAACGAGCACACAGAACUGAACAACUGCACAUACAACGAAUCUGAAUGUAUAUACAUGUGUAUUAGUUCAGUGUUAUACACUGUAACCAUGCAAGGCUCAGGAAGUCGUAUCACAUGUCAAACUGGAGGAUUCGUAAAACAUAUAACAUUAAACCUAUCAAACCCUCAUGGCGUGAACGGCGUGCCAAUGAAUAAAACAACCAAUGUUCCGUUGACCGACAUGACACUUGCCUCCUCGGGGAACACCACGCCACCAGAAAGAGGAGGGAUAGGAAUGAUGGUGCUAUAUGUUCUUGUGUUGGCGUUUGCUGUUGCCCUGGUAUUCACGCUACUCUAUCUCUUCUUAUCAGAUCGGAAAUGUAAAUGUCACAACCAUCCUUCAAAGAACUCUCACUUUUCGAAAGGAGGUGAAAGGGCCCGUACCGACCGUACAAGACCGAGAGUAAUGGUCAUUCAACCCCGAAACAGAACUCGUCCACUUCCUAACCAGCACAGAGGAUAUGAUGAAACAGGAUGUCAUGAAACUGCCUAUCUUCAUCCUCAACACUCUGCAGACAGCAGCGUGUCACAGAAUAUUGAACCUGUAUACGAUGAGAUUGAUUAGACAAGAACAGUGUUAAUAGUGUGUACAUAUUCCAACAAAUACAUUUAAGCUGUCAACAUGGUUGUUACCUAAGCACAUAUGUCGUUGGCGAGUGGGUGAAGAAAACGCGGCUGUAACGUUUACAAUCCCGAUACAAGUAGAAAUUGGUCUCAACACGUAGUGGUUCUCCACAUUAGAGUUUUCUUGUUCUCAAUUUUGACAUGUGCCACACGGUAUUCAUACAUGUUUUAACAAAAGGAGAGUCGCAGGUGUUUAGAUAUCGCCCUUGUACUCUUUUUACAAAAUUGCUCAGGAAUAGUGUCAUUCGUUCAUUGAUUAAUAUAUACUGCUAAAAAGAUGCUAAAAGGAACACCCAAUUCAUUUAUAUGACUACAGUUAAUCUGUCAUGCCACGACAGAUUAAACAUAGUCAUAUGAAUGAAUCGGGUCCUGUUCUUCUACUUCUCUUUUAUAACCGUGCGCAGGGGUUAUAUAAGAGAGCUAACUAUGCAAACGCAUUCAUUGCUAUACCAACCAAAUGACCCGUUUACAGCUGUUUGAAAUAAAAUGUCAGCUACCAGGAUCUUAAACUCGUUGCCGCAUAAUGCGAUAAGGCUACCUGUACCUUUGAUGGCAAACUGAGUUUAUACUUAACAUACGCCUUAUCGUCCUUUGUACGAUGUCCAAUAGAUUGCAGUCGUCUGGAUGAAAAACCCAUAAAAAGGAUCACGUCAAGUUAUCUAAUCGUCUGUCUGUUCAGUGGUAUUCAGACCGGGUCCUGUCUCGACUGAUAUUUGAGUCGGUUUCACAUGUAACCUGCAGGAUGCAUGUAGUCAGGCUUGAGUUAUCUCCCAUUACACUAUGAAACACUGAGUGCGUUCGAUUGUGAAAAUUUGAGUGACUUCAGUCAACCGAGGUUACCAGGGUUGACUAGAGUUAACCUGGGUUAACUAUUGUUAGUCAAGGAUAACUGGGGGUAGUAUACGAAAUAGAACGCGUAAAAUGCAACCUUAGAAAUAAUAACGGCUUCCAGGAGACGGAGAUACACAACAACCAUCUACUAUAACACACAACUAUGAGAAGUUAACAAGCGUUUACUUUCUUUACAAAGCUGUCAUUGUAUCUUGUCUAUUGAAUACAUGUGUAGCCGGGCGUGGUAAGGUAUGUCUAGCCACUGAGCUGCUUGGAUUAUGAAAACGUUUAUUCUUUGUUUUUAUCAGAUGAUAGGAGGGAAGCUUGAAAUAGGGGAACCUCCCAGCAAAAGCGUUCAUGCCGAAUGCAUGAGGAGAGCAGGAUGUCAAGAUGUUACAUAGUGAUAUGGAGUGGUGGAAGUGACCUAUGAUAUUUGCAUCUCUAUCCGCAUAUGACCCCAACGGAUAUCGUUUUCAUCCGUUGGCUUUAUCCUGCCGAGAAACCUACCUAUUGUAUGAUAAACAAUCAAUACCUUCUUCAUUAUAUAACGCAUUUUCUUUACCGAUGACGUCACCUGGAGGCUGCUAACCAGAGUACCACACCCAGGGGUCCAGUUGGUAUGGGCAACCUAGGUCAACCGAAGUAGGACGUAUAUGAGUUGUGCUAAGGUUAAUUUGGGUUAUACCUUGGUCACGGGGAUUCACCUGGAUCGUCCAGGGUUUUCAAAUCGAACCACUGCUCGUCACACGUCCAUUGUAUUGUUUAAUCCCAUAUUUGAAAUCAAACUAAUUGUUUAAUUACAGUACACACUAUCCAAACUUCAAUACUUAACAUCAAUCAAUUAGGCUACAAUAAAACACUCCCCAUCUUUAGAUGCAUCAACCAUAACGGCUUCUACCCCUAUAGUUCGAAUCCAAGUAUAUCCCUUUAACACAAUGACCCAUUGUUAUAUAGAGAA